AUCUCCAAGUGGCUCCUUAUUUAUAAUUUGAGGUGCGCUGAACUAGAACAUUAGAAAAUUAGUUCCUUUGGGUCACAGAGUAUAACAAAAAGAGGGAUUGAAAUGUGGAGUAUUUCAUCCAAUCAGAGUCUCUAAUAAUUCCCCAAUCACUGCGUUGACUCUUCAGCCAAUGGUGGUGUUUCGCGGGGCUUUUGAAAUAGCUCAAGGCCAAUAGGAACGUUUCUGAGUAUAUAUAAAGGGGACCUCUUCCUACUUCUUUGCCAAGUUGGUUUCUGUUUCUUUUGUUUGUUUACGAUGGCUCGCACUAAGCAAACCGCGCGUAAGUCCACCGGUGGUAAGGCGCCGCGCAAGCAGUUGGCCACCAAGGCGGCCCGCAAGAGCGCGCCGGCCACAGGCGGCGUGAAGAAGCCACACCGUUACCGGCCCGGCACGGUGGCCCUGCGCGAGAUCCGCCGCUACCAGAAGUCCACGGAGCUGCUGAUCCGCAAGCUGCCGUUCCAGCGCCUGGUGCGCGAGAUCGCGCAGGACUUCAAGACCGACUUGCGCUUCCAGAGCUCGGCCGUUAUGGCGCUGCAGGAGGCGUGCGAGGCCUACCUGGUGGGGCUCUUCGAGGACACCAACCUGUGUGCCAUCCAUGCCAAGCGCGUUACUAUCAUGCCCAAGGACAUCCAACUUGCUCGCCGCAUCCGCGGGGAGAGGGCGUAAAGCUUCCCCAGCUAUCUCAAUCCAACUAAAAAGGCUCUUCUAAGAGCCACCCACAUUUUCUUUAAAAUAGCUGUCAUUUAGGCUGUUCUGUUUCUAUGAGUUUUGUUUUGGGAUGUUAAGAUUGAGA